AUGAGGCACGAUGUCAUUGGUGGUUUGGCCGGAGCGUUAGAUUUGACAGUGCUGGACAGGUUCGGCCGUCGGAUCGGAACGGUGGUUGCCAGCUCGGGUAAAGUUCUGGAUCAAGCGGGCAACUACUUAGGCCAAGUGCAAGACGAAGCGGGCCACGUGGUCGACAAAGCUGGAGCUUGGGUUGGCACUCUGUCCGCUGAAGCAACUAAAAAGUUAGACAUCGACGUCACACUGGGUGAAACCACACUCUUUGAUGGUGAAAUCACGCUUCCUCAAAUGCCAGAACUGCCGAAAGUCGAAAUGCCGGAUAUGCCGACAGUUGAGAUGCCGGAAUUGCCGAAGGUGGAUAUACCACGCCUCAAGGUACUACAGUUUUGUUACUACGUACAGAAUCCUUGAACUUGAUGGCCCAAAAUGAAUGAACAACAAGUUAAGUAUCUAUUUGAUUAGUAUCCUCUAGGUGUGGUCGUAUUGCUCAUUUCAAGCACUUUGCUCUCCGCUUCAACAAAGCCUAUUAGUAUAUUCGCAAUCCUACAGUAGAACGUCGGUCGUCGUAACUACACUAACACUAGCACUAACACUAGCAAGAGGUCAUCUUCGAGCAUUUUUGUUCCACCUUCUCCUUCAGGGAUUCGAUCUUCCUCCGCUCCCUCAAGCUCCUUCGAUAAAGGUGAAGGUUCCUGACGGCCUCGACUGGCGCGCGGUCGGAGGCCCCCUUGGAAACGGCUACACUGCUGUCCGCAACAGCUUGGAUGAACUCGUGGGUCACGUCGUCGAUCAGGCAGGCCACGUGAUGGAUGAGGCUGGCUACGUGGUCGGUCAUGUCAACGACAGUGCUGGACACGUGGUAGAUCAUUUUGGACGUUAUUUGGGUGAGUUGAAGUUCGACAUCGACAUCAAAGUCAACACGAAAACUGGCGUGGUACGUCUUCCAAGCUUGCCUAAGGUGAACAACUAUAUGAUCCCGGACUUCGAGAAGAUCUUUGGCCAGACUGGAGCCUUUCUACAGGAUCAUAAACACGAACGCGCAGAAGCAGUGGCAAAGAAUGUACACCAUUUGGUGACACAUGGAGACAAGUUUUUCCAGUCUGAGCACAGAACUUUCGACUUUCCAGCUGAAUGGCAUGCGGAGGGGUCGAACACGGUGCACUACCACAAGGAAUUGCCGCACAUUGCUGGCAAGAUCGAAAAGCACUAUUUGAAGCGAGGCAGCGUCCAUGAAAGCCAGUCUCCAGUACGCGAAUCCGCGGCUGCAGCAGCAAGUCCAGCAGACGACUUCGUGGCGACUUUCGUCCCUUCUGCCGACGGAACACCUGGAUCUAUAGGUCAUUGGGUGAUGGAUCAAGAGGAAAGAGUUCACUAUUGGGCUUUUAUGAAGCAGCGUGGCAUGGUUUCGGGCGUGGUGCAUAAAGAUGACAUAAUUGAGCAACUCGAAAACGCGCUACCACCUUCUAGUCCGGGAUUUGCUGCACGACCGCGUCAUAUGGCUGGUGUUGUCGAACAAACUAUGCCUGCUGCUGCCCAAGUGACAGCAGAAAAAUCUUUGCAUUUACCAGUACCAGUGUCGCCAGCUGUCACGAUUCGAAAUCCUUCGUCUACUGGGGGCGGGGUAGUGGAAAAACUCCGAUUCGACAGUCUCGGGAAGCCUGGUUCCGUGUCUGCAUCAGUGGAGACGAAGUCUGGGGUUAUGCAAUUUCAGCAGUUAGUGUCGGAAGACCUCGCGGACGCGCGCGAAUACGUCACUCAAGUAGGAAGAAGAAUCUCGACAACAAGGCCAGAAGAUCUGCCAGAUAUUCGUGAGCGAUUCUACGACAGUGCCAGUGACUUCUUCGGUCGCGUUCGCGGUACCUUCACCGGAUCCGGUUGGAAGAUCGAUGGCGGGAAAAAGGUGGAGAUGUCGACGGAAACUACCUCGAUGUCUGUUGUUCCUGUUGUCAAAACUGCUACAACCUCCAUUGUGGGAAAGAAUCCUAGUUUGGUUCAACCUAGCAUCCGCGUGAGAGAUGCCACAGGCAAAGUGGUCACGGCCAAACCCACCAUGCUGGACUUGCACACACCGGAGCUGUUCAACAACUUGCCCAGUAGCGCCGACUUGUACCAGCGCAUUACCGCUUCGGGUGAGGUAAUUCACACCAUGAAGGAUCGUUUGACCAGCAAGACCUUAGCUGAAGCAGUUGUCGGCAAAGUUUCAGCUUUGGAAGACACCGUUAGCGACGGUUUGGCCUCUUCUAGUGCUGCAGUAUCCCAUGGCUCUGGUCUUACAGUGUACCAAAUCGCUAACGGCAUGGAAAGUCAAUUUCUUGGAGUCAUGAAAAACGCUGAAGAUGGGCUUGUUUUGAUGCCGCGCAACGUUGACAUGCCGCGUUUGAACAUGGGCAUGGGCUCGAAAAGUUUUGAGGUCGAUGUCGAUUUGGAAUUCGUCGAGAACAUCUUUCACAGACAAAACGAAGUAGGCAAACAAGUGCGUGAUAUGGUUUCUCAGGCAGGCGACGUAGCGAACAGUACAGCUGUAGCCUCCGCAGCCCAGCUAGUAAGGAUUCGUGAUGCAACAGGUCACGUGAUCGAGCAAGCUCCGACAGUUGUCGAUGUAUCGAAGGCCACUUUGGCUGAAGCAGCAGCUGAUAUGGCUUAUGUCGCAAAGGUUGGCGCGAAACAACUGGAAUUCUCCGUGGAAGCGCCCGAACUACCAAAUGUGAAUUUUGACAUGGUGAAUCGAGGAGGUAAGGCAGCUCGAGAAGUGUUGAGCGAACUGGGAGAGAUGAUGGCUGCCGAGCAUCGAGAGUUCCACACCACUUCUCAACAGCCAGAAAUUGCGACACAGGGACCCGGACCGUCCAGUCUCCACAAAGGUUUUCUAGAUCUGCGCUACAUGAAAUCUCUAGUGAAAGAGCAAUUCACCGGUGUGGCGUCGGAUGGCACGACUUUGGUCAAACCUGCAGUAGUACGGGACAGCACAACUCCAAUUGACUUGCGCAUUCCUAGUUUGCGUCAUAAGUUGGAUGGCAGUAAGAUCAUCCACUAUUUGGCGGAUGGUUCUGGUCAGGCAAUCGAAGGCACUUCGCGGGUCGUCGGUGAGAUCACCAAUCCUGACCAUUUGCGACGGUUCAACGACAAUCUUGUGGUCACGUUGACAGAAGGUGAGGACAGUCUCACCUACGUCGUGAACAAGGGCGGCGAAAUCUUACAGGCUUCUUCGAGCUUAUUCCGUCGUGCCGGCGAAAGGUUGGAAGAAGGACUGGAGAACUUGCGGCCUCUAACUUCUACCGGUGACGUGUUUAUCAGCGACGGAGGUGGAUUGAGAGGCAAGUACGCUAGGGUAGGGUCUUCAACAUCAGGAGCAGCUGGAGAGAUGAUGGAAUUUCUCUUAGAUGUCAAACUCUUCGCCGAUGAGGACAUUCUUCGUGCUUUUGACCGAUUAGUUCGCGCAGCCGACUACGAAUCCAGAGCCAUGGUGGACCGCAGCGGAAAGAUGGUUCAUUUUCUCGUUGACGCUGGCGGCAAAGUUGUCGAGGGCACACAGCAAGUGGUUGGCCACGUUCACGAGACGAUCAAUUUGGCAGAAGCUACGGAACAGUACGCCUUGGACAGGGUGUCCGCAGGUUUGUCUGAUGUAUCAACGUUGGUCUCCUCAGGAUCCGGACAAUUGGCCUCGCAAGCUGAGGGCUUCAGGCAUCACUUAGUCGAUACGGGCAAAACCGUUGCGCACUACGUCACCGACGGUGCUGGCCAGAUCUUGUACAAUACGGAGACGGUGGCGCAUGGUGUUCAAGGAGAUUUGACUCAUCGAUGGCAUUUGAUUACGGAUAAGUUGGGGCAGUCGCAAGUGGUUGCGAAAGAUGCUCUAGGCAACGUGGUCAACGGCAGCGAACGCGCAGCAGGUGUUCUGCAGUAUGAGUUCGCGGAUAAGGCUAAAAUGCUCAAGGCUGUGGCCGACGGAGCUGGAACUUCGGUGACACAAGGCGUGAAGCAGAUCCAAGACGACGUGGCUGGAGGACAGCAAAUCUUACUGGAAGGCACGAUGAAGGCCGUGGAGGACGCCAAUGCGACGACCUCUGACAUCAUCUCGAAGACCAAUUUUGAGAUCGUUGACCUGAAGCGCAUGGAUCUGCGCGUCCACAGCAUCGUGAACCGAACAGGCGACACUGUUCAAGUCUUGGUCGAUGAGGCAGGACAUGUGAUCUCCAGUACCGGUCACGCGAUGCAUGAGCACUAUGAAGCCGCUCUCUCUGAGCUCUCCAGAGCAAUGCUGUAUGGCUCGCGCAAGCUUUCUAAACAGCCACGAAACCUUUGGGAAUUCGCCAACGAUGUAGCUUACUACGGCACUCUAGACGCACUGGACCUGUUCGACGCGUUGAUGCGUUUCGCUCACCGUAGUGUUGAUUCCUUGUUCACGUUUAUCAGAAUGCCCUUCGACGGAGUCUACUUGCUUGUGACGGCCACUGGUCAAGUUGUUUUCGCAACUGUGCAGCAGACCGCGACUGCGUUUACCACUCUUGCCUACGGUUUGGGAGAAAACAUGGAAAGGGUGUUGGGUUCUCUGAUGAACGGUAUCCGCGAGUCCUCGGAAUCUGAGGGGACGACCACUAAACGAGUAAGGCAAAUCAAGACGUUGUUGCCAGGCGAGGAAAACUUAACGCUGGCUCAAGCAAGCCUGAUUCAAGCGGAGGACACGGAUUUGAUCCUGGAGGCUGAUAUGAUGGCCGCUGCCGGUAAAGAUCACCGCGUAACGCUUGUGGGGUCCUCAGACACGAAGGUUCUCGUGGCAACUACAGCUUCCCCGGUUGAUGACGCUGUGAAGACCAGCACGAGCAGCACAGGAGACGCCUCUAUGACAAUGACAGUCACGACGACAACCAACACCACGACACCCUCGCGAGUAGCCGCACCUGGUCUAUUUGGCACUGUUGACUCGUCUACUCGCACCUAUCAGUUAGAGCGAAUGUCGACCAGACUGAUCCACGCAUACGAGCGUAUGCUUCAAGUUUUGCGGGAUUUGCUGGUCCAAACUGGUCGCUUAGUGUGGAACAGCGUGAAAGGUGUCUGGGAGCUUGCCGUGAUGCUCCCCGUAAGGAUGUUUCUUCGCGGAUCACAGAUCAUUGUGGACGGCCUAACCUACUGCCUGACGUUCACUCGCGAUCAAGCGCUAGUGAUCUGGAAUGCACUGGUGAGAACCUUCUCAAGGCCAACAACUCCACUCCAGGAUACACAAUCUGCCACUGCCAACAUGACAGUUGAUGGGCGUCACGAAAUUCUGGGUGUGGGUGUGACAUCUACAUCUAGUAAAGCAACAGCAAAGGUCGAGCAGAUCAGCAUCGAGGCCAACAAGAACCAGGAGUUGCUGCAAGCUCGUUUGCAAGGACUGGCAGCGCCCACUGACGACCUUGAUUUCGCAAUACCGUCUGUCCGCACUGUGCCUGGUGCUGCUACCUACGUGUACCAGACUGUCACGGGCUCCAUAACCUACGUUCUGACCUUCACGUACCAGGAGGCAACUGCAUGGACCAAAUUUGUUGCCACUGCGGGACAGUCUGAGGCUCAAAAGCCACUGUUGGUACGUGGGUUCAUGUACGUGCUUGGCCAGCUGGCAGGUGUGGGCCGCGCUGUGUGCCACUACACAAUCUACAAACCAGUGAAAGGGCUUAUUGACUUGUGCAUGUCUUUUGCAACGACAGUGUCGAGUUCAAUCACGACAAGAACUACAACAGUUUUGCGAAAUGGUAGAGGUGGCGCAAAAGGUGACUCUUCUUGGUUGUCUUCUCUGUUGCCGUCCACUGACACGAUGUCAACUUACGCUGUGCCGUUCUCAGCUUUGGCUCUGUUGUCAGCGCACGAUGUUUACUUCCGCUGGCUACGUCGUAAUCCCGAAAACGUGCACCGCGUCGACCGUCACUUAUGGUUUCUGCCUGAGUCGGUGAGACAAAUCCGCAAUUAUCUCCGCUUCGCUUCGAUUCUCGACGCCCAGAAGAACAGCUCUUCCGAUGACAACGUCAACAGUCUAAACGCAAAGAACGCCAACGCAGCUUACCAACGUGAACGGGCACGAAAAGUGUUGCGAGAAGAGUUUGCAGCUGCUGAAGAAGAGGCGGGCGACCGAGUGAGUUCUCUUUACAUUCCUAUGCCCUAUCCUAUGGCGCAUGUUGUUUUGUCCGUGGAUGCGGAUAGUUUUCAACACGUGAGCAAGGACAACAAGGAAAAUUGGGAAGUUGUUGACGUCCACAGCCUGUCAUCUACAGGAUACAUGUUGCAUAAACUUCUCCAGUUGGAGGAAGAUGUGCAUGGUCUCGAUGAAGUAGCAGGGUUUACUGUCGAUGGCCGUAAGAUUCCUUUGGUGAGACCCUCUAGACGUAUGUCGCAAAUGCAGAACUUGAGGACAGCUGCAGAGACAGACUUCGCGAACAGCGCAAAGAGUGUCGAAGAAGGCAAUAUGCUGGAGAUCUUCCAACGUCAGGCGAAUACACUUGUCGAAGUGCUCUUAGAAUACGGAUGGGACUACGAACAAAAGACACCUGCUGCUCAAACGUCUACAGCCACACCGACUAUGAACAAAAAGUCUGUUGCUCCACGAGGCGGUCUCGGUCUUUCUGCGAUCCUAACGGCGCCAGCAGGCGUUGACACAGAUGAAGACCCACAGACUUUGCCUUGGUUGCAGAGACGCGAUAGCCGAUUGUCUUCUCGUCGCGGUUUUGGAUCGACUCGUUCUAGUGGUUAUCGGGCAGAGUCUGAACCCUCAGCGUCGCAGGUGAUCCGAAGAGAUUCCGACACUGACGAACAAAUGGAUGCUGUACAGCAAAUGCAACAAGAGGAACUACAGAAGCAAAGCAGAGCAACCGUAUCUGGUGGACAAAAGAAGUUGUCUCAACCUGCUCUCGCAGUCGUCGAUGAAAACAGCGCUGCAGCAGAAGUAGUCACAUCACUACAAGAAGAUGAGGCCCUCCAACAGGAGCAGGAGGAGCAACGUCGUGCAUCCUCUGCCUACAGCUACGAUUCUCGUGAUGAUUCGUACGGAUUCGAACCGGAGACCUUUGGCAGCCAAUUCGAACCCGAGUACAGCAGAGAAACGGCCUUUUUACCUCGACGAAACCCAACGCAAGCGCCAAGAGAAAGCGAGGCUGCUCCACCUAGAGAAUCUUCUGUACGGGAGAGCCCUGCUAUUUAUGAGCCUCAUCCACCACCGCCGACUUCUAGCCCUCCACCGCCUCAACAACAACAACUACAGCAACAGGGCCGAAGAUCGUCACGUCCUGCUUCUCCACCUCAACAACAAAGAAAGAGUCGCUUCUUGUCUGCUUUCAACUUUUUCCCCACUUGGGAGUCUCGGUCCGGAAGCACGUUGAGUUGGGGAGGCGUUGACAAUGAUGGACUUCGUGGAGGACCGUGGGGGCCAGGCAGAGUCUCUUUCCGCGCACGUAUGCCUCUUGGUGGCCUAAUCGUGUUUGUCUUCGAAACGAUCGAGGACUUCCUAAUGUUCACUUGGAACUGCGUUCGCGCCUUCCUCCAUUUCGCAAAGACCAUAAUCAUGGAUGUCGCAACGAUGCCAGUCACGGUCUUCACCUACGCAACGGGAUAUGGCGGUAACGAUGGACGAAAUCGUAUGUCUUCAGCUUUCCACGAUUCCUAUUUCGAUUCCGAUGCAGCUUUGCCAGCAGGAGGUGGCAAUGUCAGCAGGACCAAUAACCGUGGGUCUGCUCGUGAAAGCACCGUUUCUGAACGAGACCGUAGAUCAUCUGCCUCGAGUAAUGUUUCGUCUCUCUCUAGUUCGCUAGCAAAAAACACCGAACAGCGCACGACGCAGCGCGUGUCGAUGGUUCCAGUCACCGUGUUGACGAUUAUGGGGCGCAUGAGCGAGAACUCCUUUGGCAAGCUCUUUGAGUACAUCGGUGGCAGCAAAGAGCCACGCUACUCGCAGACUAUGGACAACAUUCCGACUGGAAACGAAUCUACAGCAGUCUCCAUGACGCGAUUUCACGAACCUAGAGGAGCAGCUAAUAUGCCUGGAGGAGGACCACGUAGCAUGGAACUGCAGCCAUUAACUGAAAAAAGAACUACAAGUGACGAGCAUAAGGUUGAUAUCUUCGCUGCUCCGGGUUCUCCAUCGACAUUUGCGGCACAGCCGUUCUCUUUAUUCCCCCCGACUACCACAUCGUUGAUCGGCCGCGCUUCCACAACUCUUGGAACUGCGCCUGCAGUUGCCGGUAGAGCGACACGGAAAGAACUCGACCAACGCAUGAAUGGACCCAGUGUCGCAGUGCCCACUCUCUUCCGCCAAAACUUCAACCAUAAUGCAGACGACCGCGUCUCCAGAAUCUCCAAAUUGCCUUUAGACGAAAGCUUCAAUUUUCACCUUCCGGCAGACCCUUCUCGAGUCUCCCAAAAAGCUCUGCAGACGGUCCUCAAGGACGGCGUUCGCGGCUUUGCGAGAAUGUCCCUAGGUACUCUGCCAGCUUCUGGCAGGACUUUGGGACGCAAGCAAAAAAAAAUGCGUCUGUCUCCUCGAGGAGGACAGCUCUACAACAACUACAACAAGUUGAGGCAGGCUGGAGCCCGAUUGUCACCGCGCAUUAGCAGUCCGCGUGCUGGCGAUAACUUGAACCGUCGUCAGAAACUCCGAAAGAAAAUGGGAUUAGGAGGUAUCAAGAAAAAGAAGUCCCCUGUUCUGGGUCCAAAGAAACACCGCCAAGUCGAUGCUCGUGCAACUGUAAGCCAGAACCGCCCAGUUGGGCUUAGACUCCCUGGAACGGGUCAACAUGGUCAUGCCGGCGGAGUGGGUUUCAGUGAGGAGACUUUCUCUUCUGAGGGUGAAGAAAUCGAUUCCAACGAUAUUGUGAAUGCCAAUGAGGAACGACUUCUGAACGAAGCCAUUGGGAUGACUCCUACCCCCUCGACGCCGGCAGAGAUGAUCGACCUGUUGACGCAAUCGCGAGUCUCUACUGGUGCUGCAAGUAGUUCCGCUGCCCCAGCUGCACAGCUUGGCAGUACCAACGUUCGCAAGCGCACCCAAGUGAAAGUGCGCGUAAGUGGUCAACAACCUAAUAUGAGUAGCUCUUCCGGCACAACGAAUGUCCGUGUAAGCGCUCGCCUUUCAAAAGAUCUAGGAGCACCAGGACAGGCAUCAAUGCCAGCAGCAACGUCUAUUGGAUCUUCAGCUGCAUCCGCACGUCCGCCGAGUCGGGGACUGACUGACAGCGCAUUGCCGAUGCGAAGAUCCUCUGACGAGAAGUCACAGAGAGCUGGAGGGGUGUCCUCAGGAUCAGGUACCAAGAGACGCGCUUCAAACGCUUCUAACAGAAGCUCCAGUGCAGCAGCAGGUAUUCAGAUGGGAGCACCUCAAAUGUUCUACAAGGAAUCUACUUCACGAAGGAGUGCAUCACUUGUGCCUUCUGCUAUUCCAGUCCGACGUGUAGCUGGGCCUGGUAAGAUCAAGUCUGGCUCCGGUGUAGUGAAGAAGACUACAGCAAAAGCGUUGGCAGGUGUAAGAAGUCCAGGUCCGCAAGCUUCUGUUCCCACAGCCUUUCUGUUCUAUACGGAAGACGGUGAAUCGGACGAUGAAGAUGAAGAAGAAGUUGUGGAGAUGAAAGACGUAGAUGAAGUAGGUGGACAAGGACAAGAAACGCCGCGACCGUCUACUACACCCGCCUCCCCUUCAACCUUGUUGUACUCCUCACCCCGUGUCACUUUGUUCUACGGGGACAAUGACUCAGAUGCGGGAGCUUCGUCUUCGAAAGAUUUGUUUGCUCCGCGUGAGCGGAAGUCUGACCGCUUGGCGAAGCCCAAGGCCCAUCUUCAUGCACAACAUGGUCAUCAUCGAGGUCAUCAUGGAGUCAACAAAAGUCAUCACAAUAGGCCAGAAGGAGAACAUGUGAUGGGAUUGAAGACUGGCACGACGUCGGCUGAAGGCAAUCAUACGUACAUGGCAGGACGUGUUACUGGAGAUUUGGAUUUCGAUGCGACGUCGCCAUCAGGCUCAGUUCGAAACAAGGUCAGUGAAAUCGAGGCCCGGUUGCAUGGAGAUAGCACGGAGCCGGAGUUGAAGCAUACCACCGGCGGUUACCAACUACAGGGAAAAUUGAUGAAUCAUGCAGGCAAUGCGACUGGACUGGAUCAAACGUCCUACACCUCCAGCACUGUAGUUCUGAAGCCAGUUGCUCAAAAUUUGCGUUUCCAGUUCGACAAAUAUGCGGUUUCUACAGCAGCCGAAGUUGCCAUGGGACACGAUCAUGUUGCCCUCAUGUGGUCUCCGGAGUCUCAUCCGCACUCGUUAGUGCAGGAUCUAGAAGACCUAGAAUCCAAGGGCAGUCGAUUCGGACGCGUCUCUAGAGAGCAUCUCCUCUCUGGCGUUUGCGACAGGCUCCGACAAUACGUAAGCGGCACUAUUGAAUCACGGACAAAGGAACUGUUUGCAAAAAAGGAACUGUUUUCAUCUAACACCCUUGUUGUGAAGGAUUUUCUGACGAAGAAGCUUCUGCAAAACCAGCACGACAUCAAUCGGAAAUCAAAGAAGGCCCAUGAAAUAAAUCUCCUGUCGCCUAAGGAUAUAGAACGGCAAGUUCUGAGCUUAACAGUUACAUCCUGGCACACGAGUUCGCACAUCCUUACUUGGGCAAUGAGUGAAUUGCUGACCAAUCCGUUUGUGUUGAACAAGCUGAGAAAGGAGGUCGAUGCCGUGGAUCCUGCGAGCGUCAAUACGGUGCAGAAGUUGACGACGAGCUACCCCUACAUGGAGCAUGUGAUUUUGGAGGUAUUGUUUACUUGGGCUACCUUCUACGAGAUCAUGAUGUGUAUUUUUUCGUCAUCUUCAUAAAAUUAUAAGUGCUCAGUUAAUUAAAAUUAUUGGCUCUUCACUUUAAGUACUGAACUCAGACCAUCCUCAUAAUCGUGAUCUUUAGGGUAAGGAACGAUAGCAAGCUUAUCCCUCUGCAAUAUUGAGGGUUUAAGUCUUUUAAUCCUUUUACGGAUCGUGAGCAGAACUGACCGCUGCGCCCUCCCCUGUCCUUUUCUCCGUCACGCUUCGAAUUUUCCAUGGCAAAAUUAGUGUUUGUCAAGCAAUCACUUUUCUAUGGCAGUUGGCGUGCCUGUUCUCAGGAUGCUCUGAGUGAUUUCUGUCUGCUUUAGGAUCUUAAAUAGUAGAUCCCUUUGCCUCUCUAGAAGAUUUUCAAAAUUGUCUUCAGAGCUAUCAACAUUUAGCUCGCCUUGAAGCAGUUAAUCGGGUCGCUUUCAGUAACAUUCGUAAGGUCACUGGCUUAGCUAUGUAAGCGUGUGGUGACCUAUGUAAAAAGGGUCAGCAUUAAAGAAAAAUAUAUUUACGCUUUGCGUUUUUAGAGUUUCCGCUGGUGUUCCUGUGCUUAAGUGGGGAUCUUUAUGUGGGCUGGAGAGGUUUGGUCAUAAAUUUAUUUUCUAGUUAGAUAUGCUCGACCAACUUUAUUCAUGUCACCACGUUUGAAUUUGAUUUUGAAUGAUAGUACCGCCAACAUGGCAGAUGACUGAAAAAUGAUCCCCAAGAAGUCGUCGUUCCAAUCAGCACUAUCUUCACGACCAUGAAAUAAAAAUGAUCCUUCACGACCAAACUAACUUCAGACCCUGCGCCUCCACCCCGUCAACGGUGGUUUCAGUGAAGGUCGCAGUCCGAUGUACACCAAUGACGAGCUUCCCGAUGGUACGUUCUUGUACUCUGGGACGCAUAAUGUUUUCGUCUUUGCAGCUGACGUUGUAAAUCGGCAAAAUUGGAUGUGGACCUUGGAUGCGGAUGUGUUUGCACCCGAUCGUUGGAGCUAUGCACUUCUGGAAAGAAGUCGUGGCGGACGCGGAGGAUCUAAAACUUCGUACGGUGGUCUUUUGCACGAAGAGGUAGAGGAUGACGUGACGAAGAACAGAAACGACAUGCGUCGUGGUUUGUUGCCAAACGUGAUGACGCUGUGCCAGGUGAAAGUAUGCCUCAGUACGUUGGUAAGGAAGUUGGAUUUUCGACUCGUUUCUCCUGUGAAGCAGACAUCAUUGACCGGACAAGAAGUUGCUCAGCCAUUGCGUUGUUUGGUGACGGCGAGGGGGCAGGGCUUUGCUAGUCGUAAAGUGCAUGAGAUUACGAGCAUCGUGGAGAAAACGACUGGAACUAUGCGGUAUUCGGUUAACCAAGGUGUCAUGGCUUCCGAUCUUGCAGGCUAUUUUCCUGGAGUCUUCACGAAGUCAUCCGAGCAGCAGCAACACGCAAAGCCGCCUUCAGCUCGCGCGCCUUCAGAAACGCAACAUAAAGGAAAUCAGAGAGCCGCAGCUUCCCGCACUCGGUCCUCUGGCCUUAACGUCGCUGAUUCAGUCAAUGGCAACCGACAGACAGCUACUGAGAAGCGCGCAUCUUCCACUAGAAGUGUCAAAGAUGGGGAUGAGGAAUUUGCGAAAUAUGCUUACGGUGAUUCGACUCCUGCUAACGAUGGAGGAACUACUAGUGGCGAAAGUAGAAUACAAAUGACUGACCAGCAAGAACUAGAACUCGAAUUGGCCAGAUCCAGUGCCGCACUCCCAGGCAAUGCUCCAAACGGCGAUCGGAUUUCGGCCUCUUUCCUCCGUUCUGGGCUUGAAUUAGACGACGUACUACAGGAAGACGAGGAUGACCGACAGUUUAGAAAUAGUGGAGUUCCUACUGCUACUUCAGCAAGAGCUGCAACGACUGCAGCUAGAAGUUCCGCAGCAGAAGCGAGUCAAGCAUCUCGAGACCCGACAUUGAUUGCUACGGCUGCGGUUGCUAGGGGCGGGGCGACAGCAGACGAGGUACGCGCAUCACAAUGGAGUAUCGGAAGCUUCAAUAUGAUGUAGGAUCGUAAGAAGCCUACACUUUAUUUUUUUCAUGCGAUGCAUGGGGGAUCGGAAGCUUCAAUAUGAUGUAGGGUAAGUGUAAAAAGCCUACAGCUAGAGCUACACUUUUUUUCCAACUAAGUAAUUAAGUACAUCAAAAACAAAAUUGUUUUCUGUCUUCUUAUGUCGGUGUCGUUUUCGCUUACUAAUAUAUACACUUUGAUAACAUCAAGAAGUAGAUUCUCUUUCUUUCUGAUUUGUAUCUUAAACUUGGAGGUAGUGCUAUGCAUCAAUGAUUUCUGCUUUGUAUUAUGGUCUUCAACCUAAUUGAUUAUGCAAUCUUAUUAAGAAAAGUGAAUGGAAAAUGACGCCCUCGAAAAAAUAUCGACUAAGAUCAUCUAUGUAUGUACACGUAGCAAGGUGCUCCGAAGGCACAAAAUGACUUCUUCUGUAUUUUUCAAAAAUGAAUACUUUGUCAAAGUAUCACGGUUGAUGCAAUAGGACAUCUACUAAAUCCAUAAUUAUACAUCACUGAAAAAGAUCUUGAAGGGACGGCAUUAUCAUUCCUCGUACUGAUUAUAAAUGUAUAACAGCGUGGUUUUCCUAUUUUGGAAUAAAGACUAGAAUAAAGAGAUUGUGAUUAAACAGCAGGCUAUUUUCAUAAAGAGUCUUCAUCUAAAACACACUUCAUCUUUAAUGUAGCGAAUCAAUUUGAGCAUCUAGUAUCUCAAGAGCGGUGAAGAAUAGCUCGAACAACAGCGUCUAUAUUUUUCGAAUCGAUUUCUUUCAAAAUCAACAUCUUCGAUAUCAUUAUCAAAAAUUGCUUACGAGAACACGAGGACUUCAUGGUACUAAAGAUCGUCAACAGGAGACAAUAACAAGUAGAAUGGUAAGAAAAUCGUGAUCAAAAAUAAAGAUGUCAUUUUGUCAUUGACAUGUGUACUAUGUGAAGAGCAUUGUGUGAAGAACAAGAAGAUCAACAGAGAUGAACAUGAAAGAGAUCAAAAAAAUUCGAUGCAUUUUUAUGGUAGAUCCGCAUUGAUGCAGUGAUGUUGAUCCGCAAAAACAAGAAGUUCUUGAAGGAGAUCAAGCAC